GCCCGGAACGCGCGCUCGCGGCCCGAGGUCGCCGGGAAGAAACCCAGUACAGUCACCGGUCUCUGUCCUCCAUGGCCGCCGCGCUGCUCGCCCGGGCCUGCGGCCCCGUCCGCGGAGCUCUCCGGCCUCGGGACUGGCGUUGCUUACAUACCAUCUACCAGUCUGUGGAACUGCCCGAGACACACCAGAUGCUUCGUCAGACAUGCCGGGACUUCGCUGAGAAGGAGCUCUUUCCCAUCGCGGCCCAGGUGGACAAGGAACAUCGCUUCCCGGCGGCUCAGGUGAAGAAGAUGGGUGAGCUGGGGCUCAUGGCCAUGGAUGUGCCCGAGGAGUUUGGCGGUGCCGGCCUCGAUUACCUGGCCUACGCCAUCGCCAUGGAGGAGAUCAGCCGGGGCUGCGCCUCCACUGGAGUCAUCAUGAGCGUCAACAACUCCCUCUACUUGGGGCCCAUCCUGAAGUUUGGCUCCAAGGAGCAGAAGAAGCAGUGGGUCACUCCUUUCACCAGCGGCGACAAAAUUGGCUGCUUUGCCCUCAGUGAACCAGGGAAUGGCAGCGACGCGGGGGCCGCCGCCACCACUGCCUGGGCGGACGGUGACUCGUGGGUCCUGAGUGGCACCAAAGCCUGGAUCACCAGCUCCUGGGAGGCCUCGGCCGCCGUGGUCUUCGCCAGCACGGACAGAUCCUUGCAGAACAAGGGCAUCAGUGCUUUCCUGGUUCCCAUGCCAACGCCUGGGCUCACGCUAGGGAAGAAGGAAGACAAGCUGGGCAUCCGGGCCUCAUCCACUGCCAACCUCAUCUUCGAGGACUGUCGCAUCCCCAAGGACAACCUGCUGGGGGAACCGGGGAUGGGCUUCAAGAUUGCCAUGCAAACCCUGGACAUGGGCCGCAUUGGCAUCGCCUCCCAGGCCCUGGGCAUUGCCCAGGCUGCCCUCGACUGUGCUGUGAACUAUGCCGAGAACCGCACAGCCUUCGGGGCGCCCCUCACCAAGCUGCAGGUCAUCCAGUUCAAGUUGGCAGACAUGGCCCUGGCCCUGGAGAGUGCCCGGCUGCUGACCUGGCGCGCUGCGGUGCUGAAGGAUAACAAGAGGCCUUUCAUCAAGGAGGCGGCAAUGGCCAAGCUGGCUGCCUCGGAGGCCGCAACUGCCAUCACCCACCAGGCUAUGCAGAUCCUGGGUGGCAUGGGCUACGUGACAGAGAUGCCAGCCGAGCGGCACUACCGUGACGCUCGCAUCACUGAGAUUUAUGAAGGCACCAGUGAGAUCCAGAGGUUGGUGAUCGCCGGGCACCUGCUCAGGAGCUACCGGAGCUGAAUACCUCGGUAGGGCCGACGGUGCCCGCCGGGAUCUGGGCUGGCCUGAGGACCAGGGGAAAGUGGGCAGGAGCCACGUGGCCUUCCCCCUGACUCCCACUCAAGGCCUGUGGGGCAGAAGGGCGGGGGCCACGCCUCCUCUCGCCAGGGUCCCCAGACCCAGUCUUCUGGGUGGACCUGCCGCCCUCAGCUCUAUCCGCCCCAGACUAAGCUGCCUGGGAGAAAGGAAAAGUGGGGCUGUGGUCUGAGGAUGCCUGUCCUCAGCUCAGGUUCUUGGCUUUGUUCCCUCUCCACCACCGACCUGUGCCUUAUUCUCUUCAUCUGGAGGCUGGGCCGUGAGAAGAGAGAAAUUACCACUUGGGGACUCCCCAGUUCUCUUCUGUGGGUCCUGGCGCUUAGCAUGAGACCCAGUGUCUACUCUUUCCUCUGAGGUCAGGGGUCUGGAGGAGUGGGGUGCGGUGGGGGCCAGAAUGACCAGGUCUCAAAGCAGGAGUGGUGUUCUCUCAGGCCCUGUAGCCUCGGGGCUGGGUCAUUGUGGAAGGUGCCCUGCGUCCCAUUAACCUGUUCUUCGUAAAGUAUAAAUGAGUGCAGGUGGGUGGUCUGAUUCGUGCUGUGGGAUGAUCACCUGUGGGAACUAAGUAAUAAAGCAUACCUGUCCCCUGA